CGUCAGUGAGGAGAAGCGCCGUUUGAGGGGGGUACAAACUUUGGUAAAAAGGGGGUUGAACCGAGGACGCGUGUGGUUUCUUGGAAAGUGGCAUCCGUGUGAAGAAGACGAGACUUGUUUAGUUCUCUCUGGACUUUAACCAACCUGCGGGUCCGUCUCUCAAUUAAUCCGGAUUCAAACCUGCUCUCAGAUUAUCUGGACCCAGCCAUGAGGACAAACGUAUGGAUUUACCAAACUUUGCUGUGUGUUCUUGUCACUCUUGUGGACCCAGGCUGCUGUCAAAAGCCUCAUCGUCAGUUUUUGCAGAAGUAUGAAAAGACCGAGAGCCACAUGAUGAUUUGCACGGACUGUCCUCUGACUCCGUUGGUGCAGAGGAGCCGCUCGCAGGAACACUGCGCCCGGAAGUGCAAGAAGCUGAAGAAGAGAUUCAACUGUAGGGCUUUCAACUUUCAAAGGCACAACAGGAAAUGCCACUUGCUUCCCUUUGACCGUUUCACCCACGGUGUGCAGAAGCAGGCCAACAUCAACUUCACUUUGUACGAGAAAAAAGAUUAUAUAAGGGAGUGCAUCUCCAGCACCAAGGACGACUACAGAGGGAGGAGGUCUUGGACAAAGUCAAAUAUCACUUGCCAAGCUUGGUCUGAUAAUAACAUCAAUGAACACACGUUUUAUCCAGAUCGGUACCCGACUCAAGACCUGAGGGAGAACUUCUGUCGGAAUCCCAACGACGAUCCCGGCGGUCCGUGGUGUUACACCACAGACCCCAAUGUGCGAGCCGAGGAGUGUGGCAUACCGCAGUGUUCACAGGAAGUCUGUGUGACAUGUAACGGAGAGGGUUAUCGGGGCAAAGUGGACCACACGGAGAGCGGAAAGGAGUGUCAGAGGUGGGACUCACAGAAGCCUCACAGACACGACUUCCAACCCAAAAGAUAUCGGGAUAAAGGCUUGAAGGACAACUAUUGUCGCAACCCAGACAACCGCCUUCGACCCUGGUGCUUCACCAUGGAUCCCAAAAGUCCGUGGGAGUACUGCAACAUCUCUGUGUGCGACUCGGACCCCAGCGAGGACGCCGAUGUCAACACGACCACGUCCUGCGUCCAGGGGGAGGGAACGAAUUACAGAGGAACCAUGAAUGUCACCCCAGAGGGCGUGACAUGUCAGCGCUGGGACUCCCAGUUCCCCCACAACCACUCUUUUCUUCCUCAGAACUUCAAAUGCAACUCGUGUGUGUGUUCUAGAGACCUCAGGGAGAAUUAUUGCCGCAACCCGGAUGAUGCAGAUUACCCGUGGUGCUUCACUACGGACCCUAAUCAGAGGAGAGCCAAGUGCACGCACAUUCCUAGAUGUGAUGCCGAAGCAACGCAAAAGAUUGAGUGUUAUGAAGACAAUGGAGAGACGUACCGGGGCGCUUUAUCCAUAACUCGAUCCGGGAUUCCCUGUGCAAACUGGACACAUCACAUAAACAGUGGGGAUUCUCACUCCACAGUAUCCCACGUAGGGCUGGAGAGGAACUACUGCCGGAACCCGGAUCGAGACAAACACGGCCCCUGGUGUUACACGAGUCCAAAUAACCGCUUGGUGUGGGACUACUGCAAACUCAAGCAAUGUGAAUCUGCAACAACGCCCCCACAACCGAACAAUCCAACCAGGCCCAAGAUCUCAUGCUUUGUGCACAUAAACACCAGAAUAGUCGGAGGACAUGAAGUACGAGCUACAGAUGGCAGCUGGGUUGUAAGCAUCCAAAGAGAGAAGGUUCAUUUGUGUGGCGGCUCACUGAUCAGAGAGGACUGGGUUCUGACGGAUCAACAGUGCUUUACAUCCUGCGUUCCAGAGCUGAAAGACUAUAGUGUCCAGGUGGGUCUGCAACAUCUUAAUGAGUCCUCUGGGCGCCCAAGACUACGAAUUUCCCGCCUGAUCUGUGGCCCGGAAGGAUCCAAUCUGGUUAUGUUGAAACUAGAGAACCCCGCUCCUGUGUCAGAGGGUGCCUCCACAAUUCACCUUCCAGUAAAAGAGUGUCACAUCGCCGAAGGCACCAACUGCACCGUGUACGGAUGGGGAGAAACCAAAAAUACAGGUCAGGAUGAAGUUCUGCACUCGGUCACCAUGCCGAUGGUCAACAAUGACAUGUGCUCACAAAUCAAAGGCGAUGCCGGGGAAAGCAGGAUAUGUGCCGGCGGAAAAGUUGGUGAAGGAGUGUGUGAUAGAGACUAUGGUGGCCCAUUGGUUUGCCAGGAGCAUGAGCGCAAAGUUAUUGUUGGUGUGAGCAUCCAAAGGACAAAAUGUGCCUCAUCGCAGCCCGCCCUAUUCGUCAAUGUUGCUUUCUACUCGGAGUGGAUUUACAAAGUAUUUAAGCUUUACCCUACAGAGGAAAGGAACUAACGUUUGGACCACAACGGGCCAAAUAUACGGCAAAAAGACUACCAAGAUCUUCCCAAAGGGAGCUAAUCAAUUGGAAAAUUGCCCUUUUUUUUUUUUGUGACUUGUAACUGGAGACUGGUGUACCAAAUGGAAUCUUAUUGCUUUAGAAAUGAGAAGAUCUGUUUAUUUUGCAUCAGUAGGAUUUCUACGACCAAAGUCUUGGGCACAUGGAUGUCGAACUGAAGUAUUUUGACAUGUUCAGAGUUUCUGAAGCCACAUAAAUGCAGACAAUGAGAAAGACGUUGGUGAAUGAGAAUGAUCUCCUGGAAUGUACUUGAACCCAGUUCCAACCAGGCUACUACCCACGGUAUUCCUUGUUGAAUGGGAUUUCCUUUCUUCUUUGGAAUUUGUUUAGCUGGACUACAAAUUGUGUCUUUUUACCUUUUUUUUUU